AUGUGGAAACUCCUCACCAUAGGGGUGUUGCUGGCUGCCAGCUGCUCACCAGUCUGUAGUACCUCAAUAUUUUACAGCAACAAAGAUGCAAACCAGGUCCUCAAAAUCCAGAAGCGGGCAAACUCUUUUCUGGAGGAGCUCAAGCCGGGCUCGAUGGAGCGUGAGUGCUAUGAGGAGCCAUGUGACUUUGAGGAGGCCAGUGAGAUAUUUGAAACCAAGGAAGCCACACUAGAUUUUUGGAGCAAGUAUGUAGAUGGAGAUCAGUGUAACCCACAUCCUUGUUCCAAUGGGAUAUGCAAGGACAACAUUGGAAAAUUUUCAUGCAUCUGUAACAAAGGCUGGGAGGGGUUUUUGUGCAAUUAUGAGGUCAGAUACACCAACUGUUCUGUCAAUAAUGGAGGAUGUGACCAUUUCUGUAGGGAAGACCCUGCCAACCAGGGCCGCUCUUGCAGUUGUGCCUCUGGCUACCAGUUGAUGAAUGACCACACCACAUGCAAACCUGUAGUGGAGUUCCCCUGUGGAAGAGUGAAAAUGGACUAUGUUGACACCAAUAACGGACUGAAUAUUCGGCUCAUUGAAGGAAAAACAGGGAGAAGGGGAGGCAGCCCUUGGCAGAUUAUGCUGCAAAACAGCAAAGGGAAGUUCCUGUGCGGGGGUGUUCUCAUCCAUCCGUCUUGGGUCCUAACGGCAGCUCACUGCACGGAGACAGAAGAGGGGCUCAAAGUAAGAGUUGGUAAAUUCCACCGUCUCCGUACCGAGGUAGAUGAGCAAGCCAUUUGGGUUGAUAAAUAUGUGAGCCACGAGAAUUACACCAAGGAGACCUCGGAUAAUGACAUAGCCAUGCUGCACUUGGCUGAGCCCGUGGUGUACAACAAAUAUGCGCUCCCUAUCUGCCUUCCCACCCGUCACCUGUCAGAACAGGAGCUGACAAGAAGUGGGAAGCAGAUGCUGGUAACUGGCUGGGGCAGCACAAGUGAAGUUGACACCAUUUACUCUAAUCUCCUCAGUUACAUCCAAAUCCCCAUUGUUGCCCGGAACGAGUGUGCCCAGGCCAUGAGAUUUCCUGUCACUGACAACAUGCUGUGUGCUGGGAGCCUGGGAGACAGAAAGGAUUCCUGCAUUGGGGACAGUGGAGGCCCCAUGGUCACUACGUAUAAGGAGACUUGGUUCUUGGUAGGACUGGUGAGCUGGGGUGAAGGCUGUGGAAACAGGAAGAAAUUUGGAGUCUACACCAAAGUUAGUCAGUACCUUCAGUGGAUCCAACACCACAUAGAUGAGAUGUCAGUUUCAUGGAAGGGCUGA